AUCCGUGGAAUGCAGAGAAUGUAAUCCUAAUCACUACUUUUUAGUGGAAUAGAAAGAAAGUGGGAAGAAAUCAGGAAACUGUGCUAGAAAAGAAAGUUAAUAAACCUCAAUCCUAAUUAAUUUUUUUAUAAAUGUAUCCAGGAUUUAAUUGACAUUUUAUCCACAAACAAAUAUGUGCUGAAAACAAUUCAUGCAGAUUACAGUGGUAGAUGUAAAUGCGAAGGUAUAUUGUACUAAUUAACAUAUGAGGGCCUAAGUUGCAUCUUACUUUGAUAGCCAUGAUGAUGACAGAAGUAAAAAAUGGUUAUACAAAUGGAUUAACUGAAUCAGAGCCUGAACCCAGGUCUUUAUGCACUAUAGCACCUUUCAGUUCAGAUCCUGGACCGCUAGCGGAGCUCGAGAGAUGCGAAUAUGGUAAAAUACCUCGCGCUGUAGCGAUAGCUGGCACUGCAAAACGACGAGUACGUGUAUACUCUGAUGGCAUAUACGACGUGUUUCACCAAGGUCACGCCAGACAACUGCAACAGGCAAAAAAUGUGUUUCCCAAUGUUUACUUGAUCGUGGGAGUGUGCAGUGACGCCUUAACACAUAGUCGCAAAGGCCGAACAGUCAUGAACGAAGACGAACGGUACGAAGCUGUAAGACAUUGCAAAUAUGUCGAUGAAGUGGUUAAAGAUGCACCGUGGGAGUUGAACGAGGAGUUUCUCAACAGUCACAAGAUAGAUUUUGUAGCUCACGAUGACAUUCCAUACACCACAGAAGAUGAUGAAGACAUCUAUGCCUUUAUUAAGGCCAAAGAUAUGUUUGUUUCGACUAAAAGAACAGAGGGUGUGUCCACAUCAGAUAUAGUUGCGAGAAUCGUACGUGAUUAUGAUGUUUAUGUGAGGACAAACCUAGCACAUGGAUAUUCAGCUAAAGAUUUAAAUGUUUCAUUCCUUGAUGAAAAAAAAUUCCGAUUCCAAAAUAUGAUGGACGAACUUAAGGAUAAAGGGAAAAAGGUGAUGACGAAUAUUGGUGAAAAGAAAGUUGACAUAUUGACGAAAUGGGAGGAAAAGUCGCGGGAACUUAUUGAGUCUUUUCUGCUGAUGUUCGGGCCUUCAGGCCGCUUGUCGAGCAUUUGGAAUGCUAAAGGCAGGUUGAUGCAGGCUCUGAGCCAGCCGCCUUCCCCGGAGGAGAGAAGUCCCACUUCUGAUGCUGAAGAUGCAAUGAACAGGGAAUCAAGUUCCCCUCCAUCGAAAGCUCGUAAAUGUGAGAAUGGCAAUGGGAUAGUGAAUGGGAAAGGUCCACAUUCGGAAGAGUAUAGUGAUGAGGAAUACUUGGAUAGCCAUCCUUAGGCUUAUCUAAUAUAGUGUUCUAAGAAACUUAAUUGAAAAUCUUAACUAUGAAAUAUUUUUUAUGAUAUCAGUAUUAAUCUAUGCAUAGAUCUCAUUGGCGUGUGGUUCCCCAAUACAAAAAAGAAUAGGACCACUCCAUCUCUUUCCCAUGAAUGUCAUAAAAGGUGAUUAAGGGAUAGAGACUAGCAACCUGUCACUAUUUAAAUCUCAAUUCUAUCAUUAAGCCAAACAGCUGAACGUGGCCAUUCAGUCUUUUCAAAACUGUUGGCUCUGUCUACCCCGCAAGGGAUAUAGACGUGACCAUUUGUAUGUAUGUGUAGAUCUCAUUCAAGCGAGCCCCAUACGGUGGUACAUGCGACGCUCUUUUUCAUCGUGAGAUUUUUUUUUAUAUGUCGUGAAACGAGACCGCCCGCAAGGCAGUUCUGGAUCUCAUAACAUUAUCAUUUAUUCCUUGAAUAUGGUUACAAUAAAGGUUCAAUUAUUUAUUGAAUGAAUUGAAUGAAUCUAAUUUAUUUUUCUGGCCAGGAUUAUUAUUAUAUUAAGCCUGACACUUUAAUAAUUGUAAUGAAAUUGCAAAUUCUUCUUAAUCCAUCGUAUUUUUAAGGAAUAUGAUAAUAAUAAGAUAAUAGGAGUAGAAUUUUAAUUGCAUACUUCAUCACCAACACAAAGGUUAAUAUUUUAUUUAAAAUUAGCUAUAAAGUGGUAACUUGCACUGCCACUAUGCAUUUCUAUAAAUAUUUUGUUCACUUAGGUUUAUAAGUCAAGAUCUGAAAUAUUUUCCAAUAGGAGAAAAGACAUGGCUGCAUGAAAUGUGGACGUACAAGAAAUAUCACCCAGGUGAAUUAAUUCUCCCAAAUGGAGAACUUUAUUCACCUCUAUUUAUGUAAAAUUAUUUCACCUAAGAAAUAUUUUACUUAUGUGAAAUGUAGCAGAACAUCCACUUUGUUCAGCCAAGGUAUAAAAAUAUAUAAAGCAUAGGCAUAAAAAAUAAUAGCACAUCGUUUUUCACAUAGUUUCUGUAGAAUAAAGAAAACUGAAUUUAACAUUUAAUAUUAUCAUGCUUCUUUCCUGUACAGGUAGGCAGAGACAUCUUUCCACUUGCCAUGAACCCUGCAUACUUCUUAUGUUUCACAUGAAUUUAUCAUCAGUGUUGUCUAAUGUAUUUAAGUGACAAUGUAUUUAUUUUGGUAGGUUAACACACACUAGAAUUUAAACUACAGAUCUUUCUGAAUAAAUAUAUAAAACUGUGAUUGUAUUGUAACAGUAUUAUUUUAAUCUAGUGAUAUUAUCUUUUUUAUUUAUUUAUUGUUUUUUUACAAAUGCUUUUUUUAAUGUUAAU